CCGGCACAGGUAGGUUUCUCCGCACCGGUUCGGGGCCUGCCCGCACCUCGCCGCGCACUGCAGAACCUCGCCCAGCGCCCACCAUGCCCCGGCAGCUCAGCGCGGCUGCCGUGCUCUUCGCUUCCCUGGCCGUAAUUUUGCACGAUGGCAGUCAAAUGAGAGCAAAAGCAUUUCCAAAAACCAGAGAUUAUUCUCAACCUACUGCAGCAGCAACAGGACAGGACAUAGCAAAACCUGUCCAGCAACCAGCUAACCAAGCGCCUCACCAAACUUUAGCAGCAAGAUUAAUGGAUGGUCACAUCACCUUUCAAACAGCGGCUACAAUAAAAACUCCAACGACGACUCCAGUAACUACAAAAAACACUCCAACCACCAGCCCAAUUAUCUACACCCUGGUCACAACCCAGGCCACAUCCAACAACUCACACACAGCUCCUCCACUUACUAAAGUUACAAUCGGCCCCAGCUUAGCCCUUUAUUCACUGCCACCCACCAUCACACCACCAGCUCAUACAACUGGAACCAGUUCAUCAACCGUCAGCCACACAACUGGGAACGCCACUCAACCCAGUAACCAGACCAUCCUUCCAGCAACUUUAUCCAUAGCACCACACAAAUGCACAACCGGUCAGAAGCCCGUUCAACCCACCCACGCCCCAGGAACAACAGCAGCUGCCCACAAUACCACCCGAACAGCCGCACCUGCCUCCACGGUUCCUGGGUCCACCCUUGCACCUCAGCCAUCUUCAGUCAAGACUGGAAUUUAUCAAGUUCUAAAUGGAAGCAGACUCUGUAUAAAAGCAGAGAUGGGGAUACAGCUGAUUGUUCAAGACAAGGAAUCGGUUUUUUCACCUCGGAGAUACUUCAACCUCGACCCCAACGCAACCCAAGCCUCUGGGAACUGUGGCACCCGAAAAUCCAACCUUCUGUUGAAUUUUCAGGGAGGAUUUGUGAAUCUCACAUUUACCAAGGAUGAAGAAUCAUAUUAUAUCAGUGAAGUGGGAGCCUGUUUGACUGUCUCGGAUCCAGAGACAAUUUACCAAGGAAUGAAGCAUGCAGUGGUGAUGUUCCAGACAGCGGUCGGGCAUUCCUUCAAGUGCGUGAGUGAACAGAGCCUCCAGCUGUCAGCCCACCUGCAGCUGAAAACAACCAAUGUCCAACUUCAAGCCUUUGAUUUUGAAGAUGACCACUUUGGAAAUGUGGAUGAGUGCUCGUCUGACUACACAAUUGUGCUUCCUGUGAUUGGGGCCAUCGUGGUUGGUCUCUGCCUUGUGGGUAUGGGUGUCUAUAAAAUCCGCCUAAGGUGUCAAUCAUCUGGAUACCAGAGAAUCUAAUUGUUGCCCGGGGGAAAUGAAAAUGAUGGAAUUUAGAGAAUUCUUUCAUCACUUCCAGGAUGGAUGUUGGGAAGUUCCCUUAGAGUGUGGGUCUUUCAGACAAUGUAAACCACCAUCUUCUACUCAAACCAAGUGAGUCAUGUGUGAUUUAAGUUCAGGCAGCAUAUCAAUAUCUAUAUACUUUUUGUUUAUUUUAUGAAAGAUAUAGUAAGCUGUUUAUUUUCUAGUUUCCUUUAGAAUAUUUUAACCACUCAAAGUCAACAUUUGAGGUAUGUUGAAUUAGCAUAAUACAUGUAAAGUAGAAUAAGCCUUCACAUUAUAAACCAAGGGUCAGUUGUAACUGAUACUACCUGUGUUUGCAUUGAAGAUUUUAUUUUACCCUUAAUCUUAAAAGAAAUGCCCUUGCUUUGUUUAUCAAAUGGACUUUCAGUGCUUUUACUAUCUGUGUUUUGUGGUUUCAUGUAACAUACAUAUUCCUGGUGUAGCACUUAUCUCUCUUUUUCCACUUUACAUUUUUUGUUUUUGUUUUUUGAGACGGAGUUUCACUCUUGUCA